GAGGCUGGACACACACAUACACACACGCGCACACACACUAUACAAUACAUGAACACAAGUAGAAGGAUUCUUUCCACCCACUUUCUUACUCACUGCUCUUCAGCAGGACUCUCGCUCCCAAUUGUGCUCUCUCGCUAUUGCAGUCCAUCAUCGCAGCUCUCAGCGAAUGGACUGACUGGCUCUGCUCCCUAUCCGCCGCCAUGGACGAACCACAACGGAGAAAGGGUCAACGGCAUGAAGCCGCCAAGCCUAGAAAGGUGCGGUUCAAGCUGGCGUCGUCUUACAGCGGCCGCGUCCUCAAGCACGUGUACGAGGACGGGCAGGAGCUGGACAGCCCCGAGGAGAAAUACCCUCACAGCUUCAAGAUGGCACCACCCGGCCACCUGGAGAUGGAGCAGCUCUGCGGCUUCGACCGGCCUCUGUCGGAGCAGCAGGGUGUCGACGCUCCAACAGGGCUCAUUGCCCAGAGAAUAAACGUGUACAGAGGAACGGGAGCCUACAAGGCUGCUGCGGGCCAGAACCACCAAACAGAUGGAGACCCCAACUCGUCGGUGUUGGACUUCGGAAAGAUCAUCAUCUACACCAGCAACCUGCGCGUUAUACGAGCACCAAUGAAGAAGGCUGAAAUGGUGCGCCACUACACGGCGCCUCCAGUGGUCUCGGAGGGCUACACGCAGGCUCGUGAGCGCGUGAGCAGGAGGCGACCUAAAGUUCUUAGUACACAGGAAGGGGAGCAGAAACAGGUGGAGGAAGCGGCCAGAUGCCAGCAUUGCGACGGCUCGGGCCUCGCCCCGUGCUCACUGUGUCACGGCAGCAAGCUGUCCAUGCUGGCCAACCGCUUCAACGAGUCCAUCAGCGAGCUGCGCUGCCAGGUCUGCUACCCUCACGGCCUGGAGAGGUGCCAGUCGUGCCGCGCAAAGUCGCCAUGUUUGGACAACCCCAAGGCGACCGGUCGUGUUUGGCCACCGAUCCAAUGAAAGCCGGUGGUCGUUUAAAGGCACACGCAUAGAGGCCAUGGUUGAAUAUGGGAAUUAUGCAGCAGGUGGAAAAUACACGCGGCGAACAUAAUCCCCAUUUUAUUUUGCUGCCUUUAAUUAAAAUGAUGCAAACAUUUAACAAUUGUAUUUUUACCUCGCGGGCAAGGAUCCUAUUCACUGGUUUAAUCCGGCCAUUCUUAUCUGUCUGCACCAGAACAUGAUGUAUUUGUACCGACACACAAUAUGUCGCAUGGAGGAUGGAACGAGCUGCAGGAAAUAUGGUUAUUUUUCAAAUGUAAUAAUAUGUAUAGUAAAAUACUACAAAUAAGUACAAAUAAUUUUAAAAUAAGUUGACUAAUUUGUCUCUUUUUUUUUAUUGUUUUGUUUUUAGUCAAAUAAAUCCCAAG